AGGCGGCUUGUUGAUUUUCUUUUUCCCUUCUUUUUUCUUUUUGUUUUUACUUGACUUGAGACUUUACUUUCUACUGUAAUAUUAUCCGGUGCGGAUGCCGGUGGUGGCCAAACUUUUUUUUUUCAACUUCGAUUCUGAUCUCUCUUUGUUCUUUUACUUUUACCUUACUUUGGUGAUAGUGGUGCCGGUAGUGGGUGGUGGUGCUGGUAGUACGGUGGUCGUGGUGCUGGUGGUGACGGUGGUGGUGAAGGGGAUUAUUACGGGGGAACAGAUCAAUUCGAUGGUUCUGGUUUUUUUUCCGUGCGUGAUAAUUGUGCCUGGUGCUUGCGCUGUGAGGACGGACGGUGAAGUUUCCUUUGUAUGUUUGUAUUGUAUUUUACUCAUGGUAUGGCUCGGUGAGAACUUGGGUACAAACUACAGACUGCGGAUAGAUGGGUGUUUCGUUGCGUUGCGUGUUGUUUAUUUUGUUGUUUAUUUUGUUGUUUAUUUUGUAUGUAAGGAUGUAGAUACAGUGCCUAAGGGAGUAGUAAGUAGAGUUGUGGGUAAAUAGUGCAGUGUGGGGAAUUCUAUAGUGAGGAACUUUGAACUGCGCAGGCACCUGAUCGCUGUGUGAUGUGUGAUGUGUGAUGGGAUGUGUGAUGUGUGAUGUGUGCGUGCUUCAGCAGUAGCAGUACUCUACAUAGCAGUAGU